CCUUAGACCGCUCGGCCACGCUACCGAUGUGCAAACGAAAACACGAGCCCCAUCUGAACAGACAGGCUGAUGAACCGAACUAUUUAUAGAUGACUUUGAGGUAAAAAGCUUGAACUUCAUGUGCCAAACUCCUGACCACCGAGUCAUAAAAGAUCAUGAGACGGCUGGCUCGGCAGACAGCGGGGAAAGAGGACAUGUACGGCCGUUUGAAAUGUAACCAAAGUUUAACAGAAACUGCUCUUAAAAGCACAUUUUAUCACCAUUAAACACGAAUCUAGCGAGAAGGACCGACGGACGGCCAACUUCUCCCAGAGCGACGUGAAAGCGAAGCGAAGGAGGACCCUUCAGAGAAGUACUUUGUAGCUUAUAGACUGGAGGAGUCGCUCUUUUUGGCACCAUGUUAAGGAUUUGCCUGCAGAGAGCUUUCCGCCCGGCUCUCCAUAAGUUACCGAAGGCGGCGGGGACUGCGCGACACGCUCCGAGCUGCUGGAUGGGAACACACGGGAGAAACGAGCCGCUGGAGCCUCUCAACUCCCCCACCAGGGCCAAAGAGUUUAUUUACCGCCUUCACCCCAAGGAGAGGACGUGUUUACUACAGGAGCUGCAGAUCUUCGAGUCCAAAGCACUCGCACAAGAUGAAGUGGAGCCCUCACCGCCGACGGCAGCCCAGAUCAGAUACGUUUUACUCCACAACGCCAUCCCCUUUGUUGGAUUUGGCUUUCUGGAUAAUGCCAUCAUGAUUGCAGCAGGAACUCAAAUCGAACUUUCCAUCGGAGUCACUCUGGGGAUCUCCACCAUGGCUGCGGCGGCUCUGGGGAACCUGGUUUCAGAUCUGGCGGGGCUCGGUCUUGCAGGUUAUGUGGAGGUUCUGGCCUCCAAACUGGGCAUGCAGGUUCCAGAUCUGACGCCCAAGCAGGUGGACAUGUGGCAGACCAGGCUCAGCUCUCACAUGGGUAAGGCCAUCGGCGUGUCCAUCGGCUGUAUUUUGGGGAUGUUCCCGCUGUUUUUCCUCAGCGACGACGACGACAAGAAGGAGGACGGCGACACGCCAUCAGGCUCCUCCUAACACGCCACUACAUCUUCAUAACACUGCUGAUGUCACAGCUCUAAGAAAAGAAAAAAAAGUAUUUGCAGUCGGACGUUUCUCUGUCAUCCUGCUCGGGCGGCGUACAGUUUGAGGGAACGUAAUUGGCCGCUGACCGCGACCAUCUCUGAAAGCUUCGUCUGGCGGAGUUAUUUUUACACCGUCUGCUCCAAGAAAGCGGCGUCUGUUGGUUCAGCGGGAGGUUAAAUGGAAGUUUUGAGGUUUUAUGAGCUGCGAUUCUCAUUGAUUCUUCAUAUCAGUCCCAUUCCCAGUGUCCUGGGGGCAAAAGCAGAGAGGAAACGGCUGCAUAGUUGUAAUUGUUAUCAUCUUUAUAGCUGCAGAGUCCCUCCACCUCCCUGCACGCACAUUUUGAGAGUAAUUUAUUUGCCAAAAAAGAGGAAAACCACACAAUAAAUGCCAAUAACAUCCACUCAUGACCCCUUGAAAGCCUGCUAGGAGUAACUAGGAGACACAAUCCAGGUGAUGGGUCACAAUGACGGGGUUUGCAUCAGAAGGCAGUGAGGGGUUUCUGCCUGUGCAGAAAGUGUUCUAAUAGUCGCUGAACCACAUCUUUAUGGAUGUAUUGUGACUCAUCACUAAAGGAGAAAGCAUUAAAUAUGAUUUACUGAAAGCAAAAUGAUCCCUAUUGUUAAUUCGGGCUGAUUUAAAAUCACGAUAAUGUGAUAAAUCUGAUGUUGUUGCAGUCCCAGUGUGAAUGUGGCUCACACUGUAAAAGCACGUCUUUGUGACAGAUUAUCUGAAAUGAGAAUCUACUCUGCCUUUGUUGAGCAGCACAAAUAGAAAACUGGGUUUAAUUUAGCAGCUAUUCUGCUUUAAUCCCACAUAUCAGUUUAUAAAUAUCCAAAAAUCUCUUGCUGAUGUUAGCUGUUGGUCAUACCUGACCAGGUGAGGCUGUAGUUCUCAUUGCACUGCUCAUUGUCAGCAUCACUUUAUCAGUGUUUGUAGUAAAAAUAAUUGUGUAAUUGAAAAAAACUUGUUUAGCUAAUCUAGGUCACUGCAGGUGGGCAGCAGGUAGCAGAUCGGUGCAGUGCGUGAAUUUGCACCGUUAAUCAAAAAGUUUUAAACAUUCAGCUUCACGGCUUAUCGAAGGUUUGUCGCUUUGUGCGCCAACCGCAUGUUUUCCAAUUAUUCCAGCACCAUAAACGUCCACAAUAAGACUGGAUUCACUCCUGGAUUCUGUUCCUACUGUCACAUCACCAGCUCAGUUCUCCGUGCAGUGUGAAGCUAAAGCGCCCAAAUCUGCGAGGAGACCACACUGAAGCUAGGAAACAAGUGGAAAUUCACAAAGGGAUACAAAGUAAAGCUGCAGGAGCAGUUUUAAUGGUUUUGCUGCACGCGGUGUUUUGACGCCACAUUUCCUUUCACAGUUUCAGCUUUUAGUGUGUCAGCAGUCAGAGGUUGCUUAGCAUAAAAAAGGGAUCCCGGAGUUUCACACUGUGAUGUAUCCUAAUUUUAACCUGAUAAAAAUGGAGAUCCGGUGCUGGCGGAGACCCUGGAGAGAGAGGCCUUGUGCAAAACGAACAUAAGCGUAACCUUGGUGCUGAUUUCGCUGCUUGGCAAUUAAUCCAGUAGGUUUUUUUUCCGUAUCAGUAUGUUAGUCGAGUUCCCAGAAAUUCACAUGUUCGGCUUUCCUCUCUGCGACUCGGUCCCAGGGGCUGAUGGGAAGAAUCGAUGCUCUCUGAUGGAACAAAACUUUGAUUUCCCUCCCACAGAUGGCUCGUGUAAAUCCGCCCGGGCAGCUUGGAGGAUGGGAAACCCUCUGCAGUCUCAGCACCGCCAGUCUGGUUUAUUCUUCUCAGAAAUCAGCGUUGUAGCAGCGACGAGUGUUUCCCAUCCCGACAGCAGAAACACGAACAGCACACCCCGACUGUUUCAGGACACUAGCUCACGUUUUGUUUUGAUCUCUGAUUAAUUGGAGGAACAAAAAAAAGAAAAAAGCACAAUUUUUUUUAAUUUUCUCUUCAGCAGACACUUUAUACAUUUACAGACUUCAUCUCCAAAAACACUAUUUAUUCAUGAGUCAAAGCAACAAGUGUUUUGUCACGACUUGCUCUGGAAGCGAGCGGACUUCCCCGUCAAGUCGCCUGCAAAUCUGAAAACGUGUCAUCUGCUACCUCGAGGAAUGAUUUCUGUGUUUGCAUGAAGAACUUGUGUAUCUCUGUAAUCUCAUCAGAUGGUUUUUAUUAGUGCUUAGAGUUCUCAGAUGUUUUGUAGGAGCCGAUUUAAAGGAGGAGGAGGCGUUCAGUGGCAGCGCACACUCUGGAAACUGAAGUUUCUAUUUUCAGCUUUGGGCUCUGUUCUGUGCUUUCCAAGGUCGCUCUGUUCUGUGUUUGUUUUACUUUCUCCACCAUCUUUUCCUUCUUUCUCUCACACAGUCGCUUCACUCGCAUCCAGAUUUUCGUUCUUUUUUUUUUAGCUUUUGUUUGAUCAGACUUGAAGCUGCAGAUGGUGCCUGAGAAGGUGCGAUUCAAAGUCACAGUCAGAGAAGUGGGCUCAGACGUUUCGGUGACUUUCUUUGUCACCAUUAAACACUCCAGCUGUCGACCAACCUGUAAGGUGCUUCUUAUAACGACGCUGAACCCACGUCAGGCGUUUUCUCCUCUUGAUCCUCAGACUCCGUCCCGCGUCCCCAGCUUACUGUCUGUUUUGUUUGAUGCUUGAUUUGGGCUUCCACCAGUGACUCUUUUCUUAUUGAUCAGCAGCUUCAUCAUUUUUAGAUUUAACAAACUGUCAGAAAUCAUCUCAUUAUUCCAGGAGCUGCUGAGACUUACUUGGAUAAUUCAGAUUCUCACAUUUUAGAGGCAAAAACCAGAUUGUUUUUUUUUUUCUAAUAGGUGAAAAUGUCUUUGCCAGCUGCUUAAAACACACAGUGAAGGUGAAAAUGAUUUUCAGGCUGUGUUAGAUGUUUAGAAGAAGGACUUCUCUUCCUCCUGCAGAGUCCUCUAUCAGCUCCUUCUACAUCAGACAUUUUUUAUAGAACAAACAAUACCUGAACCCUACGAGGUGCUCGUGACCUGUCACCCUGUGACAGCUGGGAUAGGCUCCACCCCCUCUGUUAUCUGCUGGGCUUUGAUGUCUGAUCAGUGCAAUAAUGUGCAGUUUUUGUUCAAUGUGUUUUGUGCAAUCCAAAGCAAACUGAUGGAUAAUUAGAGAAAGUUGGCUGCGGUGUCGUUUAGCGGUUGUUUCAUCGACCCAGAAAUUCAGUAUAUCUGGUGAUGCUGUGAUUGUUGGCCAGGUCGAUCAUCACUGCAUCAUUAUCUUGUUUUUAUCUACCUUACAUUCUUCACAGACGUCCUCCUCUGCCAUCACAACUAAAAACUAUGAUGUGUGGUUUUGAGUCCUGCUGUUUUUCUAGCAGAUUAUGAAAUGUUUGUCUUCAGAGGGACGGAGACGCUUUAAGCACAAAUCCCAACACAUCCUCCAAAUUAAAGGAAUUAAGAGCUGUGAGUUCAGACAGAAAUGUUUGCACGGUGUUUUAAUGAGGAUUUGGACUCGACGGCAGGAGAAAUUCAAGUUUGUCACUGGAUUAACUGUAAAAGCCUCGAGGGAAGUGAGCUCUUUGUCUGCCCGUCUCAUUAGGACAGAUUAGCUAAGUCUGAGUCUGUGUGAACCCUGGUAAAAACUUCAGUCUGAGGAUGCUUCAGAGAACUUGUUUGCUUUUGUGUCAUCUCAUGUUUGUAUUUAUUUUACAUGAGGAAAAGAUUUUAAUCAAAUUUUUGUUUGUUUUGCUUUUUUAAAAUGAUAUUUUCCUUCAUUUAUUUGUGUGAAGACAUCCUGAAGCAUAUAAUCAAGAAGUUUGUCGUCAUUUAAGGCUGUCGGGUAAAGGAAUGCCGUGUUGUGCUGCCACCUUGUGGACAGUCUGGAACAGCCGCUGCGCACUAAUACAUGUACAGUGUGUACCGAACAACCUGGACUGUUGAAGGAUGAUGUGUGGAUGUAUUUUGCAACAUUAUGUGCAAUUAAAAUAAAAGUGAAUGAA